GAGAUCGCUGCCAUAUUGAUCAGCUUCGACAGGCACACAGAAUGGCAAAGCAAAGAAGUCAAGAUACGGCCCAAAAGUGGAUCGAUGCUUCUAUACAGCCGGAAGAAGGUACGAUAUCGACGAGAUGGUUAUUGUUGGAAGAAAAGAAAAGACGGAAAAACAACAAGAGAAGAUCAUAUGAAACUCAAAGUUCAAGGAACAGAGUGCAUUUAUGGAUGCUACGUUCAUUCGGCAAUUCUACCCACGUUCCACAGAAGAUGUUAUUGGCUUCUUCAGAAUCCUGACAUUGUAUUGGUGCAUUAUUUAAACGUUCCCUAUCCCGAUGAUAACAAACUGGCCGUCAUAACUCCCAGCCUUUCCCUUUGGGCAGACAAGAAAGAAUGGACAAAAGAAGAACUUAUUUCACAGCUAAAGCCAAUGUUUUUCAGCGAAGAAGAACCCGAUCUCAACAACGAACUAGAAAUAUCGACCGCUGAAACCGUAGAAACUAUAGUCAGUCAACUGAUGGAAAAACAAAGAGUUGCUCGUCAAGCAGCUCUAGUAAAACAGCUAGAAUGUGGUUGUCCAGAUUCCACAUGCGCUGAUGGAAAAUCCUGCUCACACCCCAUGCGUAGAAUUGGAACACCGAAGAACGAUGUUUCCAGUUCUUUAGCUUCUUCUAGUUCGAAUUCCCGCCCCCCUAGCAGAGCAGAUAAUAAUCAAGUGUCCUCUACCACCGGAACCCUUUUAAACAACAACCAUUCCAACAGAGUAUACCCAAGAGACCUUAGGAAUCAUCACGUACAAGGCAACAAUCAUGCCACAACAAAUUCAAACAAUCCUGCCCCGUUAGUUUUGAGUUUGUCGCAAAUACAAAACGGCGGAGGACUUCUAAUUUUGAAUAGCAAUUCGGCCACUAAUUCUUCCAAUAACAGUCAUCAGUCUUUCAUCGCACCAGUUUCAGUUUCAAACUACGUUUCAAGCACCACAGCAGGACGAGCUCAGAACAGGGAUAGAAUGAAUAAGACACCGUCACUCGUUCUUAAACAGGAAGUAAUGGAUUCCCAACUGGCCAGUGCGUACUUACAGCAACCUAAUCAAAAUGUAGCACCCACCAACAAUAAAAGAGAAAACAAAAUGGAUAUCAGACAAUCAACUGUGAACGAUUUCUCGUUCAAUCAUCAACAUCAAAAACAACACGACGGCCACUUAAACGAAAUGGUCAUGGUAUCAGCUCCGCCCACUCCAUCGAAACGAAUGGAUACAAGCAACGAAGAAGUUAUCGAUUUUAAGCAUCAAAACUUUUGCGAUGAUUCCGUCGUACUCUUGGACACCGAUUCCAGUGGAUCGUUGGCCAGCAAAAACGAGCAUUCGUCCGUCAUAAGCGGAGGUUUCUUUAAUGAAACCCUUGAUCUGUCUCAAGAAGACAUACAGAAAACGUUAUCCGCUAAUAUGCCACUGUGUUCAGCCGAUCUAGAAUCGCAUCAAAACUCCUGCAAUACUUCAAGCAAUAGGAACAGAGGAAUCAACAACAAGCAAUCGCAACAACACCACCACCACCACGACCAGUCCCUUGCAACAGAUAUCAAUCCUAUGGAUUUCAUUGAUAAUUGCGACGUUGUAAGUCCCACUCAUGUGGUAGACGACGACGUGUUUGUCAAUUUGGACGCUUUUGAUAUGUUAGGAGAGUUUCCAGAGUUUGAUGCGUUAGAUUCCGGCCAUAACGGAUUAUUUGAAGUCAAUAAUCCUGAAGAGGGAAGACAAGAGCAUUCAAAACAAAACGAAUCCUCUCAAUCCCAGCAAAACUCCCGAGGGGAAAGCUCAGCUAAGAUAACGGAUUAUUCUCCAGAAUGGGCAUAUCCGGAAGGAGGGGUAAAAGUACUGGUGACGGGUCCCUGGCACUCUUCUGGACCAUACACAGUACUUUUCGAUAAUUUUCCCGUACCCACUACUCUUGUACAAGAUGGAGUACUUCGUUGCUAUUGUCCCGCACACGAAGUGGGUUUAGCAACGCUCCAGGUAGCUUGUAAUGGCUGUGUGAUAUCAAACUCUGUGAUAUUUGAAUACAAAUUACCAUCUCGCGAAGAACAAGUAACGUUGUUAGAGCCCAAAGUUGAGAAAUCGAACGACAAUUUGCUUAAAUUCACGUUACUACAGAGACUAGAGGCAAUGGAUGAUCGACUUCACAUAAAACAGGAACCCACUGAUGGAUCUGACCAUGUUGAAGAUACUGUGCUUUUUAUGCAGCCUAAUUUUGAAGAUCGAUUAGUAUCAUACUGCCAAACGAUGACUUCACGGGUAUGGCAAUAUGGAGAAGAACUUAGUGUCUCAUGGUUCGCAAGUCACCGAGGUAUGACGUUGCUGCAUUUGGCAGCUUCUUUAGGCUAUUCUAGGCUCGUUUGUGCCCUACUCCACUGGAGGGCAGAAAACUCAUCAUUGUUGUUAGAAACAGAAGUUGAUGCUCUAAGUCAGGACGAAGAUGGAAACACACCUCUGAUGUGGGCAUGCAGUAAAGGUCACACGGAAACAGCUGUAAUGCUUUACAGAUGGAAUCAUACGGCUCUUAAUAUUAAAAAUUCGUCAUUGCAAACGCCACUUGAAGUUGCAAAAUCAAAUCGUCAUAUAGCGCUUGUGAAAGAGUUAGAAAAAUUGGAAGCUAGAAGGGAAAAAGCAAAUUUGAUUUUGCAUUCAAGUAUCGCAUCAGCAGACAACCCGAGUCCUCCAACUAUUUCUCCUGCCAGUUCGAUAACUUCCAUAGCUUCUGCAGUUUCUAAUAGUAAAUCGCACGAUGGAGUCUUUUUGAAACCUGGAAUAAUGACAAGUUCACUAAUGUCUGACUCGAACCUUCAAAGCCGAAAUUCGAUUGGCGGAGGGUUAGUCAAACGCCCUUCCAUUGAUAGUGGAAUCAACAUGACUUCUUCCGAUAAUUCUCCAUUACUUCGACCAAAAAGUACCAGAAGCAAAGAGUGUUUAAAGUUAACCAGAUUUGAUAGAAGUAUGUCAUUACCAAUUUGUUCACCUUUAUCUAGCCAGGAUGGGUCUUAUGACAACGAAACCCUAGAAACUUCUAAAUCACGUAAAAUGGAUUUUGCUUUGUGCGAAGCGGGUAGUGAACCCCGAAGCAAUAGUCCCCUAAUUGACGUGGAAGCAGUGUCUGAUGAUGACUCGGACACCCGAAAUAGUGCCGUAGGGGAGCAAGACGCAAGAGUAUUAACAUUAGCUGAGCAAAUUAUUGCCGCAAUGCCAGAUCGCAUUAAGAAUGAUAGUGAAGAAAUGAUGUUAGAUAGCAGCCCUGGACCAUCUGAAAUAAUGCCCACUUCUGAAACAUUGUCAGAUGUUUUUAUGGAGCCCCUACUUGAGCAGUCCAAUGCAAAUUUUGAAUCCACCGAAUUUAAUUUUGAAUUUUCGGAUAACAACUACAGGUACUACGAUGUUAGUACACCCUGUUCAAGUCUAAGUCCUGCAUCGUCAAGCUGUUUACAGUCUCCAAGAUCAUUUACGUUAGAUUCACCGUCACCUCCUCCAACCACUGCUGACUUCUGUGAAUUUUUACAAGCGUCAGGAAGUGUCUUCGAAAAGGAUUUUUCCAAUCUCACACUUUCUGAUCAAGAACAGCGAGAACUUUACGAAGCGGCCAAAAUAAUCCAAAAGGCCUACCGUUCUUACAAAGGACGACAACAACAAGAACAGGACAAAGAGAGAGCGGCUGCUGUCAUUAUACAAAACUAUUAUAGAAGGUACAAGCAAUACGCAUACUUUAAACAAAUGACACAUGCCGCAAUGGUAAUACAAAAUGGAUUUCGGUCGUAUUGCGAGCACAAGAGGUUCAAGAGGAGUCAAGAAAGUCUUCAUAAUUAUUAUCGUAAUUUCAAAGAGAACGAGGGGAAAACGAAUAAAGACAAUACGCCAGCUUCAGGAAUAAAAAGAACCUAUUCUCAACGACGUCAAAAUCAAGCCGCUAGAAAAAUUCAGCAAUUUAUGAGGCAAUCAAAAAAUAAAUUACAGAGAGAACGAGCAGAAAGAGAGAAGCAAGCAGGCCUGUCUCAGGAUGUCCACCAAAAGUUACUAUCUCCAGGAGUCAAUUCCAUCAUCGCUCAAAAUAACAGAUCUGUCGAAUCAUUGGAACGCUGUGGACCUAAGCUCGUUAAAAAAUAGCUCUUAAUAAUUAUAACAACAAAGGAAAUUAAAUAAUUUUUAAAAUAAGUCAUCAACACUCCAAUUAGUGUCUGAUUGUAUUAUACACUCAAAAAUUGUUCUUCCUUUAUCAAUUAAUAAUUUCUCCAGAUUAAAGGAUAAAAAGCAAAAUAAACACUAUUAUACAUUGUAUACAUUUAAGCAAACUAUUCUUCUCGAUUGAGUUAUUGUUAACUUAAAAAAAAAAAAACAGUUAUCCGUAAUUCCAUGCAUUGGCAGUAAUGCACGGUUUGACAAAAAAGUGAGAUGUUUAGAUUGUACGACCUGACGAAUUCUGGUCAAAUGAUACAAAAACUGUGAUUGUAACGUAAUAGUUAAAAUAAUUAAAAUGAACCUGUGGUCGUUUACUAAUUGCCAGAAAAAAAAGGUAGUUGGCUAGAAACGAAGGCGAAAUAAACAAAAUAGUUAAAUAAUUAAUUAUCUCGAAGGAAUAACUUUUAAACUACCACAGGUUUUCUGUAAUUAAAAAGAAAAAACUAGUCUACGUUAAUUUCUACACAGAAGAUAACUUAAUUGCAAAAUUUUGUUCGAUUUAUAUGUUAGUUCAUUAGAACAAGAUAAUUUACCUUUACUAUACAUAUGCAAGGUGAAUUAUUGGUAGAAUAGAUAUGUAUAUACUUAAUAGUUUCUAAACUAAUGGGUUAUAGUUUAUUAUAAACAUAAUACAUUUUAUAAAAAGGAAAAUUAAUAAAUAGUUAAGAAAUUACCUUACUUAACGUAACAUUUUAAGCUACUUAAUAAUUAAUAAAUUUCUAUUAUGAUUAUAUUAAUUGAGGAAAUAAGAUCUUACUAAAUUUAAUAAACGAAAAAAUUGAGGAAAAUGCAGAACGAACAAUGUUCUAUAUAGUCAAUAGGUAUACAGUUUUUUUAAUGCUGCAAAAGACAAACUUGUGAAUGAAUAGCUAACUGACUGCAUUUGGAAGGUUGCAGUUGCUUAAACUUAAAAUGUUGCGUUUUAAUUUCGUUUUACAAUUUUUAAUAAUUCCUAAAAUUUCGAAAAAUACUUUUUCGUUACUUAAAAUAUUUUCACUGCCACAUCUUUGAAACUAAAUUUUACUCAUAGAUUUCUUAGAAAAUUACAAACUAGCGGCAAUACACAAACUACAUUAACAGUCUAAUAAUGACUUAUAAACGAUAGUUCAAAUAGAAGAAACAAAUUUCAUCAGUAUAGCUUAACAUGUAUCUAUCUCGCACUGAAUUCUAAAUCCAAAUAUAAAUAGAAGCUGCAUUCAGUUCUAAAUAUUUUUAAUUUUCACACGGGCUUUAUUAAGUUAAAAAAGAAAUGUAUAAUUAUUUUUCCUUAAAAUACUGUUUCUACUCUAAUAUUUCUAAAUUUUUAAGGUCUUCCUUAUAAAAUCUAAUACAAGUAUGGUAAACACGAAUACUAAAAUCAAAAAAUUUUAAUUACUUACUUUUAUUAUUAAAAAGGCAUGUGAAGUAGUACUUCCACAACAAGUAAAUAAAGAGCACCCUUAUAAGGUCAAUUUCGUUCUCUGGACAAAAAAAAAUGAGCAGAAUUAUUUUGUAAAUAAAUAACUAGUAGUGCAAUAAAUAAAGGUGGUACAAUUUUGAUGACCACAACAUUGCACUAAUUCCUUUCUUUCAACUUCUCCUAAAUUAUAGUGUAGGAUCUGCUGAUACAUAUCAAAGUAGAUUAGCUAAUAAGGUUCUAUUACUAAAUAAUAACUAAAUAGCUAUUAUUAGAUCAUAAGAAAGUGUUUUUUAAAGUUAAAAAUCUUGCAGUUAAGUUAAUUGUUCUCGUUCCAUAUUUUGUAGAAUGUUAUUUUGUUUGUGUAUUGCAAGUUUACAGUAAUAAAAAGUGGUGCUCAAUAAAAAAAACUAAUGUUCUUCUAAUAAAGGAAGCAAGUGUGCACAAAAGGGUGUCUGUUUCUUUUCUCGGUACAGGGUGCUACAAAUAACUUGUCAUAUUGUGUGAUAUCAGAGUCAAUAGAUACUCAAAAUAACAUAGUUUUGUGUUGAUGUCGGAGCUGGACAGUUAUAAUGGGCAAAAUUAAAAAAUUGGUAUCCCUGUGUUAUGUCAUAUGAUCUUUUAUGUAUAGACAGACCCCUUUUUAUCCUUAUACCACCGUUUAUCACCUUCUUAUAUAGAUAAUGUAGUCCUCCUUAAACAAUUACACUCAAUUGAUUUUAUGUUAGGCAAAGGUAUUUUAACUCCAAAACCGAAAACGUAAAAAAAAACACUAGAAUGUAUGUAUUUGUAAGUAAGUACAUACAUAAAAGAACAGAAAAAACAACCUAAAAUAGAUUGGUACGAAAUAUUCUCAAAAAGGUUAAUAUUCAAUAUUAAACUUUAAAGUAAAAUUAACUUUCUAUUUUCAUUAAUUUGAGGUAAUCUAUAGAGAGUACAAAGUUAAUUUCACUUUAGUGUUUAAUAUUAAAGUAGACAUAGAAUACGAACAAUAUCAAUAGAUUCUUGGUCAAUAAUUUAUCAAAACCGGACGUGGAUUGCGUUUCCGUCUUAUUAGAUCUCAUUAGCACGCACCGACCAAACCGGAGAUAUUCCAUCGAGUUACCAUAAUAUAUUGCCAUGUACAAACAUUUGCUGCUAACUAAAAUAUUUCAAAUGUUAGACAAGGCCAUUACCAAGGUAUCUACUUUUCCCAUAGAAUCGACGACACAAUUUGACAAGAACAUAAACCCAAUUAAUAAGAAUAGUGUAGGUUCUUCGUCAAUAAUUUAUCGUCAUGGUGUACUGGUAAGAUGUAAUAAGAUCGAAAUUGCCAUCUACGUCUGUUAGUUCCGAUAAAUCAUUAACCGGAAACCUAUACUCUUCUUAUAAGUUGAGUUUACAUAUAUAUAUAAUACAAACACUUGGUAUUUUACAGGUAUUUAAAUACAAAUACUUUUAAGUUUUUUUUUCGUAAAAAUGAUUUAAAGCAAGUAUAUACUUGUAAAAAAUAACUGUUUAAAAGUAUUUAUAGACAAAUGCAAGCAUGUAUAAGGUUUUCAAAAUAUAAAUAGAAAACUUUCAAGUAUAAAACGCAAAUAUAGUAAUGUUUUCUUUUAAAUAAUUUGUACAUUAACAAUAAAUUUAAAAAAAUACGAUUGUAUAAAUUUAUUGUUAUAUUUAUAUAGGUAAUAAAACUUCUUCAAAAUUAUCAUCAGUCAAUCUUCUCUUUUUGGUAAAUACACAGCCAGCUACACUAAAGAGACGACAUUUAGAUAAAUAUUUUUAAGCAAGU